UCAAACCCCUGAAUGUGUCAAUAACAUACAAACGGUUCAGAAUGGACUCAAUUUAUUCCGUCAAAGCCCUACUACCACCAAAUUGUUUUCUGGCUUCCCUAGAUUUAAAGGAUGCUUAUUUACACAUCCCAAUACACCAAAACUGCCAAAAAUUUCUCAGAUUGGCAAUAGAAACCAAAAACAAAAUCAGACACCUACAGUUCCGAGCCCUGCCCUUCGGCCUUUCUUCUUCACCCAGAAUAUUCACAAAGAUUCUGGCAGAAGCCUUGGCACCCUUACGAGUCCAAGGCAUAUCGAUUAUUGCAUACUUAGACGAUUUACUACUAUUCGCAGAAACUCCAGAAAAAUUACGGAGAAAUCUCGAGAUCACACAAAUAUUUCUGAAAAACCUAGGUUGGUUAGUGAAUUUGGAAAAAUCCAAUCUACAACCAACACAACAAUUAAUCUAUCUGGGAUAUGUACUGGACACAGUCCAACAAAAAGUAUUCCUGCCCGAAGAAAAAAUAGCAAAAAUACAAAAGGAGAUGGGUAUACUACAAACAAACUCAACAUGUACCAUCAGAAAACUAAUGUCAACCCUGGGGCUAUUAACAUCUGCAAUCCCAGCAGUACAAUGGGCAUCCUUACAUUUCCGUCCACUACAGAUGUUUUUACUAAAAACAUGGGACCACAAGCAAGAGUCCUUGGACGUCAAGGUUCUUUUACCAACCAAAGUAAAGAGAACCCUGUGGUGGUGGAGGACAAAGGGAAAUGUAAACCAAGGUCGACUUUGGACACUGCCCAUUUCCAAAAUCCUGACCACAGAUGCAAGUGGCACAGGUUGGGGAGCGCAUCUAGGCUCCCAAAUAACACAAGGGACAUGGAAAAAAGAGGAACGGAUGAGAUCAUCCAAUUGGAAGGAAUUAAAGGCAGUAGGGUCAGCACUUCAAUCCUUCCAAAAAGAUCUAAAGGCUCAUCACCUACAAAUCAGAUCCGACAAUGCCUCAGUAAUAGCCUACAUAAACAAACAGGGAGGAACAAGGAGUGGAACCCUGUGGGCACUUGCACAAGAAAUCCUGACAUGGGCAGAGAAGAACACACUCUCGAUAUCAGCAGUCCACCUAAAAGGGGACCUAAACAGAGUGGCAGACUUCCUCAGCAGGAGGCAAGUGAAGGAGGGCGACUGGGCGCUAAAUCAAGAGGUGUUCAACCAGAUCACACAGAAAUGGGGAACACCUCAAAUAGACUUAUUUGCCUCGAAAGAAAACAGAAAAGUCAAGCGAUUCUAUUCUCUAAAAAGAGAGGACGGGGCCCUAGGGGUGGAUGCGUUGACACAGAGCUGGGCAUUCAAGAUGUGCUAUGCCUUUCCUCCUCCAGUACUGAUACCAGCAGUAAUAAGGAAAUUGCGCAUAGAGAAGACAACCCUAAUCCUCAUAGCACCCCAUUGGCCCAGGAGACCAUGGUUCUCUAUGCUAAAAGAACUAGCUAUAGAACCCCCCUGGCUGCUUCCAGUACAGGAAGAUCUGCUCUCCCAGGGACCAGUAUACUGCCCCCAGGUCAAAAGGUGGGACUUGGCCGCCUGGUGUCUGAGGAGCAGCUACUGAAAGCUAAAGGUUUCUCAAACCACUUAAUAGCAACACUGCUAAAAAGCAGAAAAGUGGAGACACGUAACAUAUAUCAAAGAGUAUGGAAGUGCUUUAAUAACUGGUGCACAGAAAAUACUUUCAACACUCAGAGCUCAGUAGCAGUCUUAGAGUUCCUACAAAAGGGUGUAGAGAAAGGACUAAGCAUCAGUACCCUGAAAAGCCAAGUCUCAGCUCUAUCAGUUUUUCAAGAAAAACGUCUGGCUACUGACCCAUGGAUAGUCAGAUUCUUCAAAUCUCUGAGCAGACAAACACCCAUACGAUGUACAAUUUUUCCAAAAUGGGACCUGUCACUAGUAUUACAAACAUUGACAGGAGACCCCUUUGAACCAUUAAAAAAUUGUAGCCUAAAGACAUUGACGUUAAAAACAAUCUUUUUGGUAGCAAUUACGACAGCUAAAAGGGUCAGUGAGAUAGAGGCGUUAUCUAUCAGACCCCCCUUUUUUCAGGUUUUUUCAGACCGCAUUAUUUUCAGGAUGGAUCCGGGCUUUCUACCGAAAGUAGUCUCGAGAUUCCACAGAGAACAGGAAAUUGUGUUACCCUCAUUUUGUCAGAAUCCUACUAAGGAACAAGAGGUUAAAUAUCAUAAUUUAGACGUCAGAAGAUGCGUUUUACAUUAUUUAGAAGUAACAAAAACACUCAGGAAGACAGAUUCCUUAUUUAUUUUACACACUGGUGCUAGGAAAGGGCACAAUGCCACUAGACGCACCAUAGCCAGAUGGCUAAAAGAAGUCAUUGAACAGGCUUAUAAGUUAGGAGGCAUACAGAUCCCAGAGGGCAUCAGAGCGCACUCCACAAGAUCAAUGGCAGCCUCACAGGCAGAAAGAGCUGGAGCAACGCCGGAACAAAUUUGUAAAGCGGCAACAUGGUCCAGCUUCGACACCUUUGUGAGACACUACAGGGUGGAUCUCUUAUCAGCGAAAGAUCAGACCUUUGGUCGUAAGGUCUUACAAGCUGUGGUCCCGCCCUAAGGAAACUGGAGGUGCUCUUUAAAGAACUGAGGAGCCAGCAGGGGAGGAGGAAAUUUAUAGAAGGCUGGCGCGGUGUUUCCUACAGAGGGGAGGAGCCAAGG